GAUAUUGUGACAUGCACAUUAGAUAGAGCCUACAGGAGAGCCUAUCGGCAUUUAUGAGUCUAAGUAUCUACCUUUGUAGCCUUGUUAAGUGUAGUUAAUGGACUUCUAAACAAGUAGCCCGGACGUCUAUUUUGUUUUGAAUAUACUGAGGAACUUUCCAUUUACCUAGGACGGCGAUUCUAUGGCCAAUUCAAUCGAUGAUGUCUUGGAGUCUCGGAGGCUUGUACGGAUGUAUAGCAGUGAUGCUGAAGGAAGAUUAUCUCGUGGCGGCGAUGAUGCCCAGCGUUUGGGUCAGGUAUUGAGUCACGAACGACCGGAUCCAAGAGAUUUGAGGAAUCCAUGGCGAAUAUUCUUCGAGCCGUGGCAACCGUCUACAGGUCAUGAAGAUCCUGUUACUACUAUUAUCUCCAUCGAAUCAAAUAAACUACGAGAGAAAUGGGCCCCUUUUCUGACAAGUAGUCCCGUUGCGGAUCGUCUGAAUAUAACAAAAUCAGAGCCCACUGUUGAAGGCGUGGUUGAUCUUGUCAAAGAGGUUACCGCAGCGGCACAAUCAAAGCGAGAUAGUAGGCGCCGCGGAAAAGCCAUGAAGUUAUUCCAUAACUUCUGUAGCACCAUUGACUCGCAUAGGUCAAUGCUGAAGCUCAUUCCGGAAGGCAACGAAUACGUCUCUAUCUUUACCGGGACUCUAAAUAUUAUCAUACAAGCUAGUGUUAAUCAUGAGCGCAUUGCCGAAGGCUUAUCGGAAGCAUUGUGCCGCAUCAGCGAACAUGUCCACGAAUGUAAAUCGGAGCUGGAGUUAUUCAGGACCCAGGCAAUGACGAAGCUAGUUGCAGAUUUAUAUGCCCAUAUUUUCAUCUUUCUUUCAGAUACCAUGGACUGGAUAACAGAGAAAAGGCGGAAGAGACUAUUAGAUUCUUUCAACGAAAACUUCUACAAAAGGUUCGAGAGCCAGGUCGAGACAAUUAGGCACAAGUCUGAUAUGAUACGAAACUUGGCAGCCCAAAGCUCCCAUGCAGAACAGCGGGUAACUAGGUUGACUGUUGAAGAUCUAGCACAGGACAUUAGGUUAGGCUUAGUUGGUGAAGAGCGACGACACGCCGAGAUAGUCUAUGUCGCAGAGAAGAUUGAAAAGGAACUCUCAGAAGGACGGAGAGAGAGGCAGCUUCUAAGAGAAGAAGGUCAACAAUUCAAGCAGCUAGCUGAUCGCCUUACUAGCAUGCUGCGGGAUAAAGCAAUGGUAUGGAUAGGGGAUAUGCACUCAAUUGACAAGAGAUUAUCUCCUGUUUCCCUACUCGCUAGACCGGGCGACUUAGGGGUUACAUCGACAGCUAAGGCGGGCUCAUCAUGCCUCACGGAAUGGAACUCGGAAGAAAUCGUGCUAAAUUCCAAACACCUAGAGGAUUUCUUCCACCGAGAUCGUGUGCGGUUACCUGAUGGAUCUUUUAACUCGGCCAGGAUUAGUUCCAAAAUCAUUGGUCGACUAGGUGAAUGGGUGAAAGACAAGUCCUCUCGUCUUCUUUGGCUUGAAGGUCCAUUGAUAGAAGCUGCCGACUUUGACAACCCUAUCACUAUACUAGCCAACAAAAUUGUGGAAUUGACAGAGAGCUCUCGCAUCCCAGUUAUCUCCUACUGCUGUGAGAUUCGCCGUCGAGAGCAGCUGAAGCCAGGCAAUGACACACGAGAGGCCCAAUCCUGCGUGGCUCUCGUUUGCGCUCUAAUACGACAGAUGGCCGAGCUCUUACUCCCACGAUUCACAACACAUUCUGAUUUCUCUCUAAACCGACUCCAACUAAUUGAUGGAUCUAUUCUGUGCUGGUCGCAGAUGUUAGACCUAUUUCAAGACUUGCUAUCGCUUAUGCCAAACACCAUGCUCUGUAUUAUUGACAGUUUUCAGUGGCUGGAUGACCGAACUACAACGAUAUAUCUGGAGGAGCUGGUUCAAGCAAUAAGAAAUUCCGGACUCAAAUGUUUAUUCACUACGACUGGCCGGUCUGCUUGCUUGAUAGAGCAACUUCAAGCAAAUGAAACAGUAGUGAUUGAGAGUGCUGAUCUGAGACAAGGACCUUGGGGAUUGGGUCGAAAUAAUUCUUGGGCUUUAGCGCAACAUGAUGAGGCUUCUGCAGGCUGCAGUAUGGUUGACAGGAUGUAGGUAAGAGAACGAAAAUUUGAAGAUUUCCCAGGUUAGGUACUGUUCGAGAGAAUGUCUUCAUGAGACUCGACAACUCACUCGUUAGAAUAAAGGGAAAUAUCAUAAAUUAGGCGGGUUGUUAAGAAUCAGUUAGUGGUACCUGUUUACCGCGAAGGAAUAGAUUACGCAAUACUUAAAUCAAUAUUGUCGUCAAUUUUCAUUUAAUUAAUAGUUCUGCACUGGGAUGAAUAAAAUUUGA